AUGGGUCUCUUAGAACUUCCGAGCGAGAUCAUUGCUAUUAUCGGCGAGUUUUUAGAGGUCAUGGACAAUGUCAAGGCCCUCAUUGAAACCCACCCACAUUUUGCCAACGAGCCCCAGCUUUACGAGUCCAUGUGGCUUUUUGCUGACCCUUGGUCAACCAGACAAGGUCUUCAACUGGCCUGCAAGAAUGGACAUGAAGCCCUUGCCUGGGCAAUGCUGAUAAAGGGAGCAGACGUGUGGCCGUUUUGGUUGACACGUUGCCAAUUCAACGACCAGUUUCGCCGGGUCCCUACCAUUCACGACUAUGUAUCCCCUGAUACUAAUUCUCAACAGAUGAGUCUUUUGCAGCUUUCCAGCGAGGUCAUCGCUUUGAUCUGCGAGUUUCCGGAUCCUCUCCAAGAUCUUAAAACUCUGAUUGAGAAUCAUCUUCAUUCUACCUGCGAGGCCCAGCCAUCGAGUUCAUGUACCGUCUGA